AAUUAUUUGAACUACUCAACUACUCAUCAAAAACAUUGCUGUUUGCUGUCCUGUACGGAAAGAGUGGAGAGUUGAAUAAUUUGAAUCUUUUAGUUUUUUUUUAAUAAUCAGAAAAAUGUACCUUGUUUUUGAGAAAAAUUUAAGCUCUUUUUUGUUCAUAAGCUACUUUAUAGUCAUUGUUCACGGUGCUCAACAGAGAUAUGUAACCUGUGGCUCAGUAAUAAAACUACUGAAUACAGAUCACAGAGUGAGAUUACAUUCUCAUGAUAUUAAAUAUGGUUCAGGUAGUGGACAACAGUCCGUUACAGGUACUGAAGUUCAGGAAGAUGUUAACAGUCAUUGGGUGGUAAAAGCUGCAACCGGUAAAAUAUGCCCAAGAGGUGAACCAAUAAAGUGUGGUUCAUUGAUAAGACUCGAACAUUUGGAAAGCAAAAAAAAUUUGCAUUCACACAUAUUUUCGAGUCCUCUUAGUGCCCAGCAGGAAAUAAGUUGCUAUGGAGAUAACGGAGAAGGGGAUACUGGCGAUCAUUGGCAAGUUAUUUGUUCUGGGAAUGAAGUGGCAAGUCUAUUUGAAAAAGUAUCGAAUUUUGCACAUGGAGUGCUGGGUACACCUAAAGAGCAAAAUGUGAGGGAAGGUGAGAAUUGGCUCAGGGAUGAAACAGUCAUGUUGAAACAUAAUGAUACAGAUGCCUACCUUGGUACGUCAGGGCGGACUUUUGGAAGGCCUAUUAAUGGUCAAAUGGAAGUAGUUGGUAUGAGAUCCUCAACAGGUGCAGUACACUGGCAGACAAUGGAAGGGGUAUUUUUACGCAAUUCUCCACCAAUGAAUUCACAUCAUACUCAUACAGAACUCUAGAUUAUUUGAAUAAGUCAUUAUAUUUUGUAUUUAUUUGUGUAUAUUUGUGACAGAAUAAAUGUUGAUUUGUUAUAAA